GUUGUAAACACAACAAAGUUAGGAAACCAAAGUUUUACGUUCUGAAUAUAAUUUUCCACUCAGAAAACAAUAUGAAACUUUUCUUUUUGAGGAAAAAUUGAGUCAUGAGGCUAGCUCCUAUUAAUAUAGAGCCUUGCGUGCGCUCAAACGUAAUAGAGGAGGAACGGGUUUCUAAUAGAAAGAGAGAAGACAGCCAUGCAGGACGCAGACAGUACCGGGGCCAACAGCAGGGCAAAGAAAUGGUCCCUCGAUGGAACUACAGCUUUGGUCACUGGGGGCACCAAAGGAAUCGGGCAUGCCAUAGUCGAAGAAUUAGCUGGAUUUGGAGCAAUUGUACAUACAUGUUCGAGGAAUGAAGCAGAGCUCAACAAAUGCCUGGAACGGUGGAAAAGUCUGAACAUUCAUGUCACCGGAUCAGUUUGCGAUGUCUCAAAGUCAGCCGAAAGAGAGAAACUAAUGGAGGGUGUCCGUUCCAUUUUCCUGGGGAAGCUCAAUAUCCUUGUUAACAAUGCAGGGACAUGCAUUCUGAAGUCAGCUGUGGAUUCCACUGCUGAAGAGUAUUCCUUCCUCAUGGCUACCAACUUGGAAUCAGCUUUCCAUCUGAGCCAACUAGCUCACCCUCUUCUGAAGGCAUCGGGGGCAGGCAGCAUCGUCUUCAUCUCUUCAAUCGCAGGGGCACGAGCCAUACCAAAUUUUUCCAUUUAUUCAGCAACCAGUGGAGCACUGAAUUAUCAGCUUACAAAGAACCUGGCUUGUGAGUGGAUAAAAGACGAUAUCCGAGUCAACUGUGUUGCUCCAGGGACCAUCCGGACCCCACUCACAGAGCCUUUUCUUGAAGACAAGGAAGUUGCAGCAAGAGAAGCCUCCCGCAUACCCAUGGGGCGUUUUGGAGAACCAGAGGAGGUGGCAUCUCUUGUGUCGUUCCUAUGCCUACCUGCUGCUUCCUAUAUCACCGGUCAAGUUAUUUAUAUUGACGGAGGUUGGACUAUAAGUGGCUUCUAAAAGGAAAAACAACUCUACUGUGAAGUUUAUGUGCUCAAUCCUCAACUAAAAAUGCUGUCCAGUUCCUCUAAUGGCCUCAAGUGGGGAUGGAUGCUUAGAAUAGGUUGCCAGAAGAAAGCUUUCUUUAGUUAUGGUAGUUUUCAGUCAUGGAGAGCCUAAGGCAAUUGCCAGAGCCUUGAGAAUAAGGGUAAGACUGACGAAAUUUGGUUUUUGUUAUGAACUGAUGGAUUUCAUAUAAAUUAGAGCAUUGAUGGCCCAGGCCAAAAUGCGCAUAUUUAUGUUG